AUGGGAAAUUGUUUUAAAGAGUAAACUUCUCGUUCCUCUAUUUCUGACUAUCCAAGAAUGGAAAUAUUUGAGUAAGACUUUUUAGAUCAAAAAAUAUCUCAUAAAAGAACUAAGUCUGAAUUAUUGAGCUAAGUUGAAAGCAUUAUUAUAAAAGAAGACCCAGAAACAGAAUAAGAUCAAAAUUAAUCUGUCGAACUGAAUUCGUAAUUUCAGAUUCAACAUAGUGCAACCAUAAAUUUUGAUAGGUUGCCAUUAGGCAUCAAGAUGGAGAAGCACCACAAAAUAAAAUUAUACAAUUUACAUACUCAAAGAUACUUGCAUUCCCAUGCAAUCAAGCAUGAACAUAAUAAAUCGAAUGAAGUAAGCACUUGUAAUAAUUGUAAUUAUGAAUAUGACUGGUGGCAAUUCAUAUCGAUUUAAAAUAAAAUUCAUAUUUAUCAUCCGAUCACACAAUCAUAUUUAAAAUGUUUAUUAACUACAAAUGACUUGGGAGAAGUAGGUUGUGUAUAACAUGAUAUGGAUGAAUGGUAAAUCAUUUCAGAUGAUAGAGAACUCAAAUAAUAUUCAAUUAUAAAACUUAAACAUAUAAGUACUGGACUUUAUUUGCAUACUUAGCCUUAUUAAAGUAAGGUUGAAGAUCAGCAUAUUGUAUCUGUCUGUAAACAAGAACUAGCAAAUGCUCUUUGGAGAAUUGCGGAUAUGUAAUGA